UUGUCGUCAGCAAGACGAGCGGGUGCCGGCGGCGCUUGCGAGUAAGUAGAAAGUUGCUAUGGCGAGUCCUACAGCCACCGCUGUGAGACCGCCCAGGCCCAAGAAAGAGCCGCAGACGCUCGUCAUCCCCAGGAAUGCGGCGGAGGAGCAGAAGCUCAAGCUGGAGCGGCUCAUGAAGAACCCGGACAAAGCGGUUCCAAUUCCAGAGAAGAUGAACGAGUGGGCUCCUCGGCCUCCUCCAGAGUUUGUCCGCGAUGUCAUGGGUUCCAGUGCCGGGGCUGGCAGUGGAGAGUUCCACGUUUAUAGGCACCUACGGCGGAGAGAGUACCAGCGGCAGGACUAUAUGGAUGCCAUGGCCGAGAAGCAAAAACUGGAUGCAGAGUUUCAGAAGAGACUAGAAAAGAAUAAGAUUGCCGCAGAGGAGCAGACUGCAAAGCGCCGGAAAAAGCGCCAGAAGUUAAAAGAGAAGAAGUUAAUGGCAAAGAAGAUGAAGCGUGAGCAAAAGAACCAGAAGGAAGAACCCAAUCAGUGCCAAGAACAGCGUGCCAGCAGCUCUGAGGAGGCAUCUGGGACAGAGGAGGAGGAAGAAGAGCCCAGCGUCAUCAUGGGGCGAUGAGGAUGUGAGCCCAGCUCAUUCUCUGACCGGCCUCAGAAAAGAAAGAGGUUGUGGCCCAUCUGCCAGACUGGCUGUGUUGGGAGAAGGCAGGAGCCUCCUGCACCGCUGCUUGCCUGGGGAGCAGAGGGACCAUCCCCUAGACGUUGAAGAUUGCCUGCUGCGUCCCGCCCUGCUCUUGCUGAAGGGGAGUGCCUCACCUUCCCCCUGGUGCCUGUUUCUUUCUGCUUGAACAGUGAUGAACUCUGGGAUGGUUUCUGUGAAGGGAAUAUUUAUUUAGUAAAGAGCAGAAAACCUA